UGGUGUGCCUUGGAACUAAAAGAAGAAAAAAAUAAUAAUAAUUUACAUAAAUUAAAACCAAACAAAAUAUAAAUGAAAUUAUUAAUAUUGAAAUAACCAAAAAUCCAUAAUUAAUUUAAAAAAUACUUAAAUUAUGUAAACUUAGUGUUUUAUAAGAAUUACAGUGUUUUUUUAUUUUGUGCAACAAAAGAAGUAAUAAGAAAAUAUUCUCCAAAACAAAGUAACAAACAACAAAAAAUAAAUUGCUUAGUACUAAAGCUACAACAACAACAAAAUACAUACACAUCAAUAACAAAAACUAAAAAAAAUUUAAGUGAAAAUAAAAAGAACCUGUAACAAAAUAAAUUUAAUAAAUAAAACUCCGCUUAAAAAAUUGUUUAUUAAACAAAAUAAUUUAAAUUAUUUAACAGAAAUAUUACAAUAUUUGUAAUAAAAAUUGUACCCUACGCUUUUGAAAAACAAAACAUUAAGCAAGAAAGAAAAUAAAAAACAAAAAGCCAUGAGUAAUGUCAAGUUGAGACACAAACAACUAAAGAAUAUCAAAUAAGCAGAAAAAAAAUACCAACAAAAUGCAAAAUACAACAAAAUAUUAAGAAAAAUAAAUAAAUAGCAACAAAUACAGAAUAAAAUAAAAAAUAAAUAAAUAUUAAAACGUUAAGAAGCAAUGAAUGCGCUAAACACAACAACAACAACCAACCAUAAAUACAAAUAAUGUUUGUUGUCGUCAUUUGCCUCUGUGCUGCUGUUCCUCCGUUCUCUGCUCUGCUCAGAAGAUAAUUUUUAUUUUAUUUAGAAAUUAGAAAAUGACAAAUGGUUGAUGAAUUUCGUAAGAUAACAAUAAUGUGCUAAAAUAAACUUGAAUCUACAAACAACAAAUAUAAAAAUAAUUAUAAUAAUAAUAAAAAAAAUAAAAACAAUCAACAACAACAGCAUUAACAAUUUUACACUCAAAAAAUAAUAACAAUAGAAAACAAAAAUUUUCUGCAUGUUUGCUUACAUAAACAACAAAGUUUAAAACGUGUGUGUGGAAGUGUGUCUCUUAUAAAAAAAAAAAACAAAAAGUAAACAAAACAAAGCAAAGCAGAGAAACAACAACAACAAAAACAUAAACAAACAAAAUGCCUGAAACCGAAUAUGAAUUUAUUAGCAAGGAAUGGUUGCAAUCGGAAUUGCGCACCGUUUCCGGUUGCUCUUCGUUGCGCGAUGCCAAAGAUUUAAUAAUAUUAGAUUGUCGCAGCUCCAAUGAAUUUGGCGAGUGCCAUAUACGAUCGGCUGUUAAUUUCUCCAUACCCAGCAUAAUGCUGCGACGUCUGGCCGCUGGCAAAAUCGAUCUAUUGUCCACCAUAAAAUCACCCGAUCUUAAAGAACGCAUACAAAAUGGCUAUAAAGUUAGUCUGUUUGUGUUAUACAAUGAUGUGGCUGCUAAUGGUGGUGGCGGCUUGCAAACGGCAAAUAGCAAUAAUGAUUCAUCCUCAGCUCCCACUCUGCUAUUAUCUUCCCAACAAUCCUCUUCCAUGGAUGUUUUGGGUGGUUUAAAUGUGGGCUCUGCUUUAGGCAGUCCUGAUUCCACCAUAAAUGUUUUACAUAAACGUUUGAAACAAGAUGGUUGUCGUGUGGUCGCCCUACAAGAUGGUUUCUGCAGUUUUCGCCAAACAUUUCCCGAAUGGUGUGAAGAUGGUAGUUUACAAAAUAAAGAAAUGGAAUCUAGUCGUAGCACUCAGGCAGAUCAAUUAAUGGGUUUAAGAUCUCUGCGGAUUUCAACACCACAUUCCGAUUCAGCUUGUAGCAGUUCAGCUGAGUCAUCUGAUUGUGAAGGUACUUCACAUCACAAUUUCAAUGAGGCCCCCGUAGAAAUAAUACCUGGCCUAUUUUUAGGCAAUGCCAUGCACAGUUGUGAUGCAAGGGCAUUACAAAAAUACAAUAUAAAAUAUGUUUUGAAUGUAACUAAAGAUCUUCCAAAUGUCUUCGAAGCUGCGGGCGGUAUACAAUAUUUACAAAUACCCAUUACCGAUCAUUAUUCUCAAGAUCUGGCCAUGCAUUUUCCAGCUGCCAUACAGUUUAUAGAGGAAGCUCGUUCUAAAAAUUCGGCCGUGCUGGUUCACUGCCUAGCUGGUGUCUCUCGUUCUGUAACAGUGACGUUGGCCUACUUAAUGCAUACCCGAGCUUUAAAUCUCAAUGAUGCAUUUACUCUAGUGCGCGAUCGCAAACCGGAUGUUUCGCCCAAUUUUCAUUUCAUGCAACAAUUACAUUCAUUCGAACGCCAGUUGCGUUUGAAUACCAAUGAAGCGAUGGAUCAAAGUGGCAGUGGUGGGGGAGGAGGUGUCUCUGUAACAAGUGGCGAUAUAUCGAUGGGUCAGUGUGCAUCUUCGAAAUUCUCAUGCAAUUGCAUAGCCACCGACUGUAAGUGCAUACAAUCGGGCGGUUAUAUAGCACAAUUGGCCAAAGCCGCCACCGGCAUCUCUCCAGAUUCCGGCAUUGAAUUCGAUCGAUGGACUCCGUCUUCGGAUACAGGUCUUAAAUGAGAUCAACUUGUAGGAAAGAGUUUUGUACUGCCACCGAAUAUAAAUGAGCCACCGCAAACCUUAAAUGCCGACAAUAUGUCGCCUGCCUCAACAAACUCUUCAUCUACCUCAACUACUACCACAGUCGAAGCUGUCUCAGUAGUUGAAGUCAAUAAGAAAUUGCAAGAAGAGUGAUGUUAGAGUAAAGCCAUCAGGUGGAAUUUAAUAUCCCUAAACACACACAAACAAACACAAAGCGAUUAAAUGGACGUACAAAACCUUUUCCUACUUGUUGUUACAUCAUCAUCAUCAUCUUGUUUUAAUUCAACUGUUUUUUUGUCCCCCUUUUUAAACCAAAAAAAAAGGCACAAAUUUUAAGUCUCCCUCCUUCCUGCUAAAACUCCUAUUUUUUAACAAACAAAUUAUUUUGAUUAAAUUGUAUAUUGUAUUGUAUCGUGUCAUCCUACCCCCUCCCCCCAUAAACCAUACAUUAAAAGGGGCGGGAGGACACAACACACACUAAAUUAAUAUUGAAAGAAAUGUAUUUUAGUUUUUAAGUUCCAAACCAACAUUUAUUCAAACACAAUUAAGAUGAAAUCUUAAAUAGAAUUUUUAUGUGUGUUGAAUUGUUAUAAAAGAAAAAAAUUAAAUUAGUUUUAAGUAAUUAGAAACAAAGAAAAGAGUUCUAACAUUUAAAUAUUAAAACAAAUAUUUGCUAAAUGUUUGAAAACAUCAAUAUAUAAAUCCAUUAAUUUAUGUAUGUACAACGUACAUACCAAACAAACAUUAUUUAAGUCAUUUAUUAUUAUUAUUAUAUAAAACUAAUUGAAUAUAUUAAAAUUAUUAAACAAACAAAACAAAAAAAGAUUGAGUAAUUUAUACUUAAAUAUCAAACAAAACAUUGUAAUAGUCCAUACAAAAAACAAACAAACAAAUAUAUAUAUAUUUAUAAAACAACUUACAGAAUUAUAAAGAAAAAGAAUUACGUUUUUUUAUAUUAUAUAUAUUUAAAAUAAUAAAUCCUAAAACAAAAUACAAAGAAUUUAUUAAGAAAAAUAAACAAACAAAAAAAUAUUUUCAAAGAAAA